CAGAAAGAGAUUUAAGAAUUGAUAGGUGGUCGAGUUUUGUUUGGCCGAGUGGAUAUGCGCAAGAAAGUCGAGGAGCUUUAUGUUUCCCCUCUUAAAGGAUUAUUGCCAGCGAUGGCCACAGUGAGACGGAGGAGGAGCAGCCGCCACACCGAUACUCUGCUGGUGAUCCUGAUUAGAACUGCAAUAAACGCGCAGUGAAUCGCCACUGGACACUAACCUCUCCAAUUAUCACAUUUGGAAACAUAUUUUAGAACGUCUGAAGGAGUUAUGCUGAGCAAUUGACUCAUGUAUUGGGUGUAGGAUACUGCUCUCAUUAGAUUUUUCAGGUCAGUGCAAAAAAUAAAAAGAGCAUUGGUCAUACUCUUGGUUAUAGGCUACUCAUACUCCUCUGUGUCCCAAUUUGGGCGCAAACAUGACGACUGAGAGCUCACAGCAACAUCUGGACUCGUCUCAUCCUCUGAGAUCCAGCCCAGCAGCCGGAGUGAUGCACGCCACUCAGAUGAGCGCACAGCCAGUGGCGGAGAGCUCACCAAAUGCGUCGAACAAAAGGAAAAAGGGCAACUCUGGCUUGAGGCGUCCCGAGAAGCCGCCCUAUUCAUACAUCGCUCUUAUUGUGAUGGCUAUCCAAAGCUCCCCGACAAAGAGGCUUACUCUGGCUGAAAUCUAUCAGUUUCUUCAGGCCCGUUUCCCUUUCUUUAGAGGGUCUUACCAGGGAUGGAAAAACUCUGUGAGGCACAACCUGUCUCUAAACGAGUGCUUCAUAAAACUGCCCAAGGGCCUCGGCAGACCAGGCAAGGGACACUACUGGACCAUAGACCCGGGAAGCGAGUUUAUGUUCGAAGAGGGGUCCUUCCGUCGCAGACCUCGCGGAUUCCGUAGAAAAUGUCAAGCCCUGAAACCCAUGUAUCGAAUGAUGAAUGGCAUCGGCUUUGGCGCGUCGAUACUGCCCCAAAAUUUCGAUUUCCAGAACCCCUCUGCGUCCUUGGCAUGUCAUAAUGGUUACAACUUGGACGUGAUGGGGACUACGGUGCCAGGGAGCUACGACGGGCUGUCUGGAGGGCAUCAUGUUCCUCACAUGUCGCCAAGCCCCGGGUCCACCUACAUGGCUGCCUGUCAGGUGUCGUCUAAUGGAGAAUACUGCCCAGACAACAGUAGUAGCCCUCUGCACUCAACGCCGGCGGCGAUGUCAGCAGGCACCUUGGACUGUCACUCUCCCUAUACCAGUGUCCCCUCACACUGGACAUCACCAGGUGUGUCUCCAUACAUCAAGCAGCAAUCCCUGGCUUCAAACAGUCCCACAUCCUCUGCCUUGCAUUCGAGCAUAUCCCCUUACUCUCUGGAGCAAAGCUAUCGCCAUCACAACGGAAGAGACUCAUCUGAUAUUUCAACGGGAUUGUCUCGAUACUCGAGCCAUUCAUCGCCAGUAUGUGACAGGAAAGAUUUUGUUUUGAACUUUAACGGAAUCUCUUCAUUUCACCCACCAACUGCCAGUGGAUCGUACUACCACCAGCUACAUCACCACCAGAAUGUCUAUCAGGACGUCAAGCCAUGCGUCUUGUGAAAUCAACGCGUUAAGACCGCCAUCUUGGAUGAGGAUCACAACAACUACACAGCUACUAUAUACAAGCCAUAAGCUUCCUUGUCAUUUGUCCCAGAUGCCAAUACCUGUAAAAAUGGGCGGGGGGGGGGGGGCAGUAUACAAUAUGUCAGUCACUCUGUCUGUGAGAACUUCCAUGCCAUAACACCUUUCAGGAGAAAUGAAAAACUUUAGGUCUGAGUGCAUGGAGUAUAAAUUGGAGAAGAAAAAAAAUACAUACAUGUAGCCUAUUGCCAUUGUCAAGGACGGCUCAGACAGCUAUUGGAUAUAGUUGAUCAAUGACAUCUCAAGUCAGCCUUCCUUCAAACUCUGUCACCAUGCCAUGAUGCAUUCAGGAGUACACUAAUUGUGUCGUUUCAUUCAUAUUGUAGACUAGUGAUUGAGUAUAAGUUAUCAACACGGAUAAAAUGCAAUACAACUACGUUAAAUGUGUUUAAUUAAAAAUACAUGCACAUUCACUCCGAUUUAUCUUUACCUAUUUGCACUUAAAUCUAAACCCUUGAGUUUUAAAGAUUUCGCUGCAGCAAGUCAAUAAAGAGAUCUAUUUUCAAACUGUUUGGGUUAAUUCUUAUUUAAGGGUAGGCUAAAUGUUUAUGCAAUGCAGCAUAUCGCAAAUCCUAUAGGGAUUGUAUACAGCGUGGGAGAUCUUUUGGGACUACAAUUGCCCAAAAUUGUCUUUGAGUUCUUUAUGACAAAUUAGGUGUUACUUUUUUUGUUAUUUUUUUCGUUAUUAUAAACCUUAAUAUAACUGUUAUUAAUACACAGAUUGAUUGUUGUUACAGCCUACUAUUUGAAUUCAACGAAUUCACUGUUGACAAAUAAAUGACAAACACAUGGAUACAUCUAAUGUAUUAUAUUCAGCAUUUACAAAUGCAAAUUAUUAUCAAUUUUGGGUCAGAAAUUACCCCCGUUGGAGGUUUUAAGAUUUAAAUAUGUUGGUGCUUUUAGGAUUAAUUUCCAUUGGGAUCGAAUAUAUAAUAUGAUCAUACUAAUAUCAACAUAUUGUUACAGAAGACAUUUGACAAAUAAUCAUAACGGCAAUACAUUUGAGAUAACCUAUUGGUUAAAACUUUGAAAUGUGGACUUUCAAAAUGCUAGCUACCAUCCACUUCAACCUUUUGAACAUACAUAGGCCUACUAUUCAACCAAUACUUUUUCUUCUCUAAAUCCUGAUUUAAAAAAAAAUCUGAUUCUGAGGAAUGACGCGUGAGUGGACAUGUAUGUUUAGUAUAAUUAUUUGUGAGAUAUCACUUGGCUUGACCUGGUUAUACAAAUAAUAAACGUGUACACAUUUGGAUGGAAUUGAGCAUUGACAUGUGAGGUCAGUGGCUGGCUAGGAACUGCCCGUCUAAAAAAAAAAAAAAAUCAGAUUUGCUCACAAAUAAACUUUGAUGAAGCAAAAAUUCACCAUACAACCGAUAACUCCAACAAUCAGGGUGACAUAAGCUAUUAACCAAAAUUGACAACGUCAAGAAAAAUCCUCAAAUGUAAAUACCAAUUUAGCCAUCAUACACAAGCGAUCGCCUCAGAUGGUGGCAUAUUUCAUAUCAUACUGCAAAAUGACACACUGAUCAACAUAGCUCAGCCAUAGACCGGCGCUAAAAUACCAACAUAUGGACACAUUUCAUCCAAAUAAUUCACAACACAAACUCCAUAGCCUUUCAAUGGAUUUACAAUACUUCCAACAAAGUCUAAAUAGCAACACUCGAAAUGAAUGAAAAUGCAGUUUAAAAUGUUAAAAAAAGUGUCUCAAAAUGAAAUUCUACCUUUAAUAAAUAAAAU